AUGGAAUGGGAGAACAGCACCAGAUUCCAAGAGUUCAUUCUCCUGGGAUUCCCGACCAUUGUAGAGAUACAGGUGCUGCUCUUUGUGAUAUUCCCGGCCUACAUUCUGACUCUUCUGGAGAACUUGGUCAUCAUUGCCCUGAUCAAAACAAACCAUCACCUCUGCAAGCCUAUGUACUUCUUCCUCAGCAACCUUUCCUUUCUAGAGGCCUGGUAUGUCUCAGUCACAAUCCCCAAAUUACUGGUGAAUUUCUUGUCUGAAAGGAAGAGCAUUUCUUUUGUAGGAUGCAUGACCCAGCUCUAUUUCUCCAGCUCCCUCAUAUGCACAGAGUGCAUGUUCCUAGCUGUCAUGGCUUAUGAUCGCUAUGUGGCUAUCUGCAACCCAUUGCGCUACCCAGCCAUCAUGAGCCGCCACCUUUGUGUGCAGCUAGCAUUAUGCUCUUGGCUAACUGGUUUCCUGGCUUCCAUGCUGAAAGUUUUCUUCAUCUCCUGGCUGUCAUUCUGUGGUCCCGAUAUCAUCAACCAUUUCUUUUGUGACAUCAGCCCCUUACUGAAUAUGUCAUGUGCUGACAUGACCACAGCAGAAAUAGUGGACUUCAUCCUGGCCUUGAUCAUCCUACUGGUCCCACUCUCCAUCACCAUCAUCUCCUACGUCUGCAUCAUUGGCACCAUCCUGUGCAUCCCCACAGCCCAGGGAAGGAAGAAAGCCUUCUCCACCUGUACUUCCCAUCUCACUGUGGUCGUCAUUUUCUUCUCAGCAACUCUUUUCAUGUAUGCAAGACCCAAGAGAAUUCACCCUUUUGAUUUGAAUAAAUUGGUUUCAGUUGUGUAUACUGUUGUCACCCCAAUGCUAAACCCCUUCAUUUACUGCCUGAGGAACCAGGAGGUGAAGGGAGCACUAAGGAAAACCUUCUGCAACAAAAGUCCCAUACCAGAGGCUUCUGUACCCAACAUACACAUCACUUCCCAUCAGUGA